AUGAUCACUCGUUCGUUUAUAACCCUCGCUCAUAGGACGUCAUCUAUCCCUCGACUACCACCUGCCACUCGAUCGCCACUUCGGUUUUUCCCGCUGGCUUCAUUGUUUGCGACUACUUCUUCUGGACCUACCGCUCAACAGAAACUAAACAUGACUGUGCAAGAUACUGUGAAUAACGCUAUUACUACCAAGGACGGCAAGAAGAAGAUUGCGAUCUUCAGCAAAACCUACUGCCCCUACUGCCGCAAGGCCAAGAGCAGAAUCAACACCUAUGUCAGUAACUUGGCGGUGAACGAAAAGGAUCAAGUCGAGGUGGUGAUUCUCGAACUCGACGAGCUCGAAGAUGGAGGAGCAAUCCAGAACCACUUGCAAGAAAAGACAAACCAGAGGACAGUUCCGAACAUCUUUAUUGCUGAGAAACAUAUCGGUGGAUCGAGCGACUUGGAAGGAUACAAGGAUGCAGAUAUCAAAAAGUUGUUGUUCGGAACUGCAGCUUCAUGA